UAUUUUACUUUUACUUCCCUAACUUUAAAUGCUAUUCUUAGCACCGUGUUUAUUUUUUUCACCAUAUUUGAUUUUUGCAUAUAAAGUAACAAAAUCAAAAUAAUAUUUCUAACCAAAAAAAAAAAGGUUAAAUUUCUCCACAAUAACCAAAGAUAAGAUCAAAUAAUGCCUUAAAAAAUUCAAAAACACAAGACAGAAUCACAGAAUGAUGGUAGUCUAGAAGAUCGGAUCGCCAAGUAACCACUUGAGCCAAAUUCUCCUAUAUUAAUGCAUGAUGAAACCACCAAAACCCCAUUAAUUUAAUCAUCUCAUCUUAAACACAUUCAAACACAACAAUAAUCCCUGAAAUUAUCUCUCAACAACGAACAGCCAUGAUAAUUCCAUUAUACAGAGUAGCUGGUCCAUCAGAGUACUUAGCCAUAACAGGAUGGAAUGUUGCAGAUAUCAAACUAGCCAAAAAAGCUCUCAUUCUUCCCGGCCAACGCUUCGUUCGUGUCAAUGUUUCUCCUGUCAAUUACACAUUCGAGGUGCAGGCCAUGAGCGCAGAGAAGCUCCCUUUCUUGCUGCCUGCUGUGUUCACUAUUGGACCUCGUGUCGACUCUGAUGAUAGUCUUGUGCUUUAUGCUAAGCUAAUGGCACCCCAUGACAUGUGUUCUAACCAUGUUAAUGAACUUGUGCAAGGUAUUAUUGAAGGCGAGACUCGUGUUCUUGCUGCUUCCAUGACUAUGGAGGAGAUUUUUAGGGGUACUAAAGAGUUUAAGAAGGAAGUUUUUGAUAAGGUGCAGUUGGAGUUGAAUCAAUUUGGACUUGUUAUCUAUAAUGCUAAUAUUAAACAGCUUGUUGAUGUUCGAGGACAUGAAUAUUUUUCAUAUUUGGGUCAGAAGACUCAGAUGGAGGCUGCUAAUCAGGCUAAGGUGGAUGUUGCUGAGGCAAAGAUGAAGGGGGAGAUAGGUGCAAAGCUGAGGCAAGGGCAAACAGCACAGAAUGCAGCGAAAAUCGAUGCAGAAACCAUGAUCAUAUCCACACAAAGGGAUGGAGAAGGGCAAAAGGAAGAGGUCAAGGUUAAGAGUGAGGUUAAGAUAUAUGAGUACCAGAAGGAGGCUGAUGUUGCAAAAGCCAGUGCCGAGUUGGCUGCACAAAAGGCCGGGUGGGAAAAGGCAGCCCAGUUGGCGAAAGUCGAGGCUAAGCAGGCAGUUUCCAUUCGAGAGGCUGAGCUGCAGGUUGAGGUUGAGAAGAAGAAUGCUCUCACUAGGACUGAAAAACUCAGGGCAGAACUCCUUAGUGAGGCUACCGUUGAGUAUGACAUUAAGGUCCAAGAAGCUAACCGAAACCUAUACAACAACCAAAGAGAAGCGGAUGCAAAUCUGUAUGAAAAGCAAAAGGAAGCUGAGGCAGAGAAGGCAACAGCAGAUGCUGCAUUCUACUCUCGCCAGCAAGCAGCUGAUGCAGACCUCUAUGGCAAGAAGAAAGAGGCUGAGGGAAUUGUGGCCCUUGCUCAAGCCCAAGGAUUUUACAUUAGUACCCUACUUAAGGCUCUUGAUGGUAAUUAUGCUGCAUUAAGGGACUACAUGAUGAUCAAUUCUGGAACGUUUCAAGAGAUGGCGAGAAUUAAUGCUGAAGCUAUUAAGGGUUUGCAACCAAAGAUCAGUAUCUGGUCUGGUGGGGCAACCUUGGAGGGCAGAAAUGGGUCUGGUGGAUCAAUGAAAGAUGUGGCCGAGGUCUAUAGCAUGCUGCCUCCUCUUUUAAAGACGGUACAUGAACAGACUGGGAUGCUGCCACCUACUUGGCUUGCCACUCUAACUGAUGCUGAAGGAAAAGGUUAUGUUGCUGUAGUUGACAAGUGAACUAUUGAACUGGCUUAUGAUUGGGUUCUUGAACAUCACAUCAUUUUGCUAGUCUAGUUUCUUGUUAAUAUGCUGCUAAACUUGGACUAAUAUUUCUAAGAAUAAUUUGCUUGUUUUGAUAUUAUGGUCCUACAAUUUUUGCUCUUUAUUUAAUUUUUUUUUGUUGCCAAUUUAUUCCGAGGGCUGCCCAGUUGAUCUUUAUGAUUGAUUUAGUUUGUCAAUCUUAUUUGCCAAGUCAACCCUCGUCAUUAGGUUGUGAUGAGUCAGUAAACCAACGCAGCAGUACUCAUUUAUAUAUAAUGAGUCAGUUGAUGACAGUGCUCACGGAAGGCCCAAAUGGUGUUAACAUCGCAAGCUGAAAUG